GGGCCCGACAGGGGCCCUGCGGGGAGCCUCAUGGGGCUGAGCCGCCUCACGCGUCCCCCUCCCGCAGGACCCCUUCGGGGCUUUCCACAUCAACAAGGGCCUGGUGCGGAAGUACAUGAGCUCCCUGCUGAUCGGGGAGCUCUCCCCGGAGCAGCCCAGCUUCGAGCCCAGCAAGAAUAAGGAGCUGACGCUGGAGUUCCGGGAGCUGCAGGCCACGGUGGAACGCAUGGGGCUCAUGAGGACCAACCCCCUGUUCUUCCUGCUCUGCCUGCUGCACAUCCUGCUGCUGGAGGUGGCCGCCUGGCUCACCCUGCGUGUCCUGGGGACAUCCUUGGUGCCCUUCCUUCUCUGCGCUGUGCUGCUUAGCGUGGCCCAGGCCCAGGCCGGCUGGCUGCAGCACGACUUCGGGCACCUGUCAGUCUUCAGCACCUCCAGGAUGAACCACCUGCUGCAUCACUUUGUGAUUGGCCACCUGAAGGGGGCCCCUGCCAGUUGGUGGAACCACAUGCACUUCCAGCACCACGCCAAGCCCAACUGUUUCCGCAAAGAUCCGGACAUCAACAUGCACCCCUUCUUCUUUGCCUUGGGGAAGGUCCUUUCGGUGGAGCUCGGGAAGCAGAAGAAAAAGUACAUGCCGUACAAUCACCAGCACAAGUACUUCUUCCUGAUCGGUCCCCCGGCCUUGCUGCCGCUCUUCUUCCAGUGGUACAUCUUCUACUUUGUCGUCCAGCGGAGGAAAUGGGUGGACCUGGCCUGGAUGCUCACCUUCUACGCGCGCCUCUUGCUCACCUACGUGCCGCUGCUGGGGCUCCAGGGCUUCCUGAGCCUGUUCUUCAUUGUCAGGUUCCUGGAGAGCAACUGGUUCGUGUGGGUGACGCAGAUGAACCACAUCCCCAUGCACAUCGACCACGACCGCAACGUGGACUGGGUCUCCGCGCAGCUCCAGGCCACCUGCAACGUGGAGCAGUCCUUCUUCAACGACUGGUUCAGCGGGCACCUCAACUUCCAGAUCGAGCACCACCUCUUCCCCACGAUGCCCCGACACAACUACCACAAGGUGGCGCCGCUGGUGCGGUCCCUGUGCGCCAAGCACGGCAUCCAGUAUCAGUCCAAGCCCCUGCUGUCCGCCUUUGCCGACAUCGUGCACUCGCUGAAGGAGUCGGGGCAGCUGUGGCUGGACGCCUACCUUCACCAGUAGCAGCAGCCCCUCCCUGCCCCGAGGGAUGAGGAAGGGACCUCUCGGCCACAGUGGGGCGAGAUGUGGAUGUGCAGCGGCGGUUGGGGCGCAGGCGGGGCUGGGAAAGUGCGGUGGUUUUUCCACUUAAGUAGACACAGGUGGGUGAUGAGUAGAGGGGAUCAGGAGGGUUGGAGAGGGGGCACUGGCCCCGUGUCCCCUCUCCAGCAGACCCCAGAGGGCCAUGGCAGCCAAGAGCUUAGGGAAGCGGUCGCCUCCCGCCUGGGGAUCAGCUCCCUGGCCAGCAAGCCUGGCGCAUCCCAGGGUGCACAGCAGGCAGAGGCCAGGGCUGUCCUGGAGCCUCUGCUACCCGACCCUGGCGCUGCUGCGGUAAUCGAGAUCCAUCCGCCCGGUGGGAGCCGUGGUCUCAGUGUCAGAGACCUCUUCUUACUGUGCCUCUGACCCCCGCAGGAGCGCAGGACGCACUUCCUGCUCCACAGCCAGUGAGCAGGCGGGGUGAUUGGGCCCGUACCCCUACAAAGAAACGGGGCCCCAGUGGUUCCCCUUUGCCGCCCACCUUGUAACUCCGAGUAGUAAGAUAGCAGUGAGUAUGUGUGAGAGGUGUGAACAGCAGGACACAAACACCCAAAGCGGAGUACACAAACCACCCGGAGUCUGGUCUGAAAUGGGAAGGUUACAGGCCAAGUGUUUGUGGCCGUCACUGUGUCCUCUGUCAGCUUUUGUGCCAAUGUCUGAUUCUUGUGGAGCCCAGAUGGGAUUUGUAGGGUAACUUCUUAAAAAUGUACUAACACUGGAUGUCAGUUUUAAAGUCUGAUUUGCAAAAAAACCCAGUUGAACUCAUCAUUCCAGAAAGGGGCUCGGCAGCCUGUGGAGUCUUUCUGAAGCCCUGAGGCUGCCUGCCAUCCUGCAUUCGCCUGUCCCACCUGACCACGGCCCUCUGGCCUGCUGGGAAGGCAGAAGCAGGGCUCAAGUUGGCUGGGGCUGGCGCCUGACAGCAGCAGGGUGGUAGCGCUCGGGGUGGGCCUGUGCUGAGGCGGGUGGGUCCGGAGCUUUGCCUAAACCUGCAGCGCCACUGGCAGUGCUCAGGCCUCUCGUGAUGGCCCUGCCAGAGCCUGCUCGAGGACGGUGGGGUGGGAGGAGCGUUGCCUGGCACCACUCCUCACUCCAAAGAAGGUGCUGUCUGACCUCUUCCUGUCCCUGCCCCCAGCUGUGUGGCAUCCCCGGCCUAGGGCACCAGCUGGCCCUGGCCCCAGGCCCCAUCUGCACGAACACCAGUGGGCACCAGGGCCUGAACUGCUGUGGCCUUAGUUCCUUCGCCGCUGCUGUGUGGUCCUGUGGGGGAUUCGGGACACGCUCACAGGAGAGGCCGCCUGGAGCCAGGCUGAGGCAGAGCCCUGCGGCCCCUCCAGCUCCGGCCGCUGUUUUUCUUCAUCUCCACGUCCAGACCUGGGUGUCUCCCCUAAUCGGGCCCCAGGUCGGGAUCUGGUGUGUGCCAGUGUUGUUACCACAUCCUGGUGGUGUAAAGCUGAGAAGUCCAGCAGUGACCGUGUGACGGUGUGGUUUGUCAUCGCAGUGGGCGUGUGGGGCGUGCGCGUGCCACGCCCCGGCUCCUUCACUGUGCUCUUGCUUCCCUGGCUGCUUUCUACACCCUCAGGCGGAGCAGGAGCAGGAGCAGGAGACGCAUGACCCAGGCCAGGUGGUGGCUCCAGCCCUCGCCCACCUGGUUCCCAGUCACUGCCUCUGCCUGUGCCUUUCCUGGUUUCACGUGUCUUGCCCGAGUCCCUUCCACCUGGACCUUGGGAGUACAAUGCCUCCCCUGUUCCCACCUGUGGGUGGUUUCCCCACAUGGUGCCUGUGCAGUCAGAUUAACAGGUGUCUAGAAAAAGUGAUUCUGCUUCACAAGUCAGAAACCAAGCGCACCCAUGCGUGCGCUCCGCUGGCGCUGACUCAACUGCAGUCACACGAGGGUCAGCGUGCUGCUCUCCCUAAAGAAAUCUCCUUCGUGCAUUGAGUGCUGGAGUAGGGACAGUGAACAGAACUCCAUUCCCAUUGUCCGGCUUGCUGGGGAGUCUCCUGCCUCAGCCACAGGAGUGCUACCCCCUGGGGUGUCACCUGGAAAACCGCAUGCUGUUCAAAGGCUUAGAAACCAGUGGUGCAUCUUGUUUACCCUUCCCAGAUGGUUUCCAUUUGAUUUGAUGGCUACUUGGCAUUUUCAGCUUCAAGUGGCAGUGAUGGGUGUGCUAAACACAGGCUGUACCACCUCAUGCUGGCAGAAUAACUGCAGGGGGUGAGGGUGUGGGUGAAAUCAUGGGGACAGUUUCCAUCUCCCAGGGCAUCAAGACAUCAGAAACCUGUUGUUCGUUUAUUUUUUGGUAGCGGGGAUCGAACUCAGGGCCAGGCAGGCACUGUGCCACGGAGCUGAAUCCCUGGCCCACAGCAAGAUGAACCAGGCGUCCACCCCGUGGCUCUAGGGCCUGGCGCCACCUCGUGGCCACUCGGCCACCUGUCCCAGGGUGUGAUUCCAGCGUGUUCGCUUGGGUGGGAAGGAGAGCAUCCCUGACCUGGAGCACCACGGGUUUUCUCAAAUGUUUCCAAAGAACACCACAUUCAGGAUACUUUCGCCAUUUUAUUGAUUUUUCUCCCCGUUCAUAUCUUUAAAACAAAAACAGCAUAAGACACCAGUGUGUAAUCCCAGCUGCAAGAGCUCCCAACUUCCUCCUAACAUCACACAGCAAGCACAGUCACAUUUUCACCUCAACAUGCAGCCAGUGGUCAGUGCCUUGUUCCCAGGCGCAGGGCCUCCUGCCCUCAGGAGCUCUUCCCUCCUACAGCAGGCCAGGCUCAGCCAGAAAGGGAGGCACGCUCUGCCUCAGCCUCCCUUCGCCCCCAGUCAUUCCCAGCCGUCUUGUCCCCUCCGCUCCCCUCCCUCUUCCCGCUUUAACACUGCUGUCACUGGCACUAACGAUGGAUCCAGUGUCCCUCGCCCUGCUCCGUGACCUUCCUGCGACACCAGGGAAAGGGAAGUGCUGCGGAGAUUCUGCGGGGACCAGAGGCAGGCGCUCGGGGCACGGGCACGGUGGGUUUACUUCCCCCUUCUGAACUUCCCUGCAGCCCCCGACUUCGCCUUCUUCUUCACGGACCCCUUGGGCUCCGGCUCCUUGCGCUUGGCUGAAGACAGCGAGCCGGUCACCUUGAAGAAGUCGUCCAGCCGGCCCUGCGUGCUGCCCUGGCGGCUCUUGCUCAGCCGGCGGACGCCGCUGCGGAUGCGCUCCUCGGAGAACUGCUUCUCUCCGCACAGGAACUUCACCAGCUCCUCCUCAUUGGGCUCGCUCCACUUCAGCUCCACAGACUCGGGGUCCAGCACCUCGGGCUCCAGGAAGAGCUGCUGCGCCUCCUUAUGCAGCCAGUUCUCAGGCACAGGGUACUUGCUGGGGUCGAGCCGCCGCACAAUCUCCUCGAUGCUCUUGUGCUUCUGGAUGAGGUCCACGGCCCGCUUGGGCCCGAUGCCCCGGAUGCUCUCGCAGUAGUCGCUGCCCAGCAGGAUGCACAGAUCCACGAACUGCUGCUGGGUCAGGCCCAAGGCCUGCAGGACGCGGCUCAGGUGGAACUCCUGGAUGGGCAGCUUCUUGGCCUCGCUGGCGGUCAGGUGGCGCAUGAGCACGGGGCUGCCAAAGGUGAGGCAGUCCAUGUCCUCGGUGGCCGCGGCGUAGACUUUGCCAGCCUUCACCAGGGCAGCACAGCUGGCCUCUGCCUCACUGGGGGCGUCGAGGUACGGGACGCCCAUGAGGCUCAGCAGACGCUUGCACUCGUCGUUGUGCUGCUUCGUGACCUUCACCAGCCGCUUGGUGAACUUUUCCACCUCCUCCUCCGCCCCGGCAGCCUGGGCCUGCUGCAGCUGCUUCUCCGCCUCCGCCCGCCGCUCACCGCGCUUGGCCAGCUCGCCCGACUUGAGCUGCGGUGGUUUGCCGUCGAAGACAUACACAGGCCUGAUGCCGUUCUCCAUCAUGCGGAUGGUGCGGUAGAACAUGCCCAUCAGGUGGCUGGUGGUCUCCCCCUCCUCGUUCUGCAGCACCUCUCCACCCUGGCGAACGGCAAUCAGGAACUGAUAGAUGCUCAUGGAGGCGUCGAUGGCCACCUUGCGGCCAAAGUAGCUCUUGAUGUCGUUCUCCCGGAUGGCACCAGGGGCCACAUCAGCAAUGAGUUUGGCCAGGCCUUGAAUUCCCAUGGCUAAAAA